AUGCUCUGGAGGAGAGCGGCACUGAGCCGGUUCACCGUUAUCGCACUCACCCCGAGCUCUCUGUAACACCCCUGAAGACAGUUAGAGAGAGAAAGACAUCAUGAACAUCUUUAGGCUGACUGGAGAUCUGUCUCAUCUAGCUGCCAUCAUCAUCCUGCUGCUCAAGAUAUGGAAGAGCAGGUCCUGCGCAGGUAUCUCUGGGAAGAGCCAGAUACUCUUUGCCUUGGUGUUCACCACACGGUACCUGGAUCUCCUGACAUCCUUCAUUUCUCUGUACAACUCGUGCAUGAAGAUUAUCUACAUCGGAUGUGCCUACGCCACGGUCUACAUGAUCUACGCAAAGUUCAGGGCAACUUAUGAUGGAAACCACGACACUUUCAGAGUUGAGUUUCUGGUGGUUCCUGUGGGAGGUCUCGCCUUUCUGGUCAACCAUGACUUCUCUCCGUUAGAGAUUCUGUGGACCUUUUCCAUCUACCUUGAGUCUGUGGCCAUCCUGCCUCAGCUCUUUAUGAUUAGCAAGACCGGCGAGGCCGAGACCAUCACUACCCACUAUCUGUUCUGCCUGGGGGUCUACCGCGCCCUCUACCUCUUCAACUGGUUCUGGAGGUUCUACUUUGAGGGCUUCUUUGACAUGAUUGCCAUCGUGGCUGGGGUCGUCCAGACUAUUCUCUAUUGUGACUUCUUCUACCUUUACAUCACAAAAGUGCUGAAAGGAAAGAAGCUGAGUCUACCAGCCUAAGUGCCAAAGAACAGAGAGCUGUGUCUCCAUCAGACUUAUAGAGGGGCACAAGCCAAUGAUGCCAUCGCAAGAUGCCCAAGGCAAAGAACGCAUAACGCCAGUUCAAUCACUGAUUUAUUUCUCUCCGCCUGGACACCAACCAUCCCCUUACAGAAACGAGGACGUUUUUGCAAACUUUUCUUCUGUCUUUAGCAUCUUGCAAUGCUUUUUUUUAUUGCUAUCGAAAAGAAAAAGAAGAAUAAGCUUUUCUAUAUACAAGGUGUAUUGAAAUAUCAAACAGUGCAUUAACAGUUAAAUGCGUCAUUGUAAAUUAGUCCAUGAUUGGAAAUGACUCCCAGUGUCAAAUAAGUUUGUGGUUCUUUCCUGAUUUAAGAGGGGGAAGAAAUGAAAUGUGUCUAUUCAAGAAUUCAAAUUAUUAUAUCCCUAUUCUUUUUUUUCCCCCACAAUGUACAUGUGGUUAAAUUCGUUGUUUGCUUCAAUGAACAUCCUUUUCAUUUUUUUCCCCCACUUAAAUGCCUUAUUUGUAUUUCAGUUUAUGUACAUAACCAUUUUUGUUGAUGCCCCCAUAGCAAUGAGUCAACUGUAAAUAAGAGAGCAUUUCAUAUUUCAUUCAGCACAAUUCUCUUUGUGUCCCCCAUAUCAUUUUUUUAGGAUGUCAGCAUUUAUCAGUGAUAUGUGAUAUUACAGCAAGGUUGUUUAAAUAUUCAGUUGUUACCUGCAAACAUCAGCUUGUUGAAAUGCAGUAAUUUAUGGUAAGAUCAUUAAAUCUAGUGGUGUGGAUACUGUCAAAGCACAUUUUGGAGUGACUUUUGUAGCAUAGUAUUUUUUUUUAAUGGACUACAUCUUGUUUUCUUUAAGUUCAACAUCCCCAAUCUUUUCCCCUCGGGAGUCAUUCCUGCAGGUUUUUUUUUUAGUUUUUACAUGUCUCCAAUAAAUAUUUUAAGGGA